AAUUAAAGCUGUCUCGAAGGAAACCCACCUGUGAGGAAGUUGCUUGCGUUGCUAUCAAUCAAUAUUUACAUUACUACAUUUCAACCUGGUCAACGUUCAACGUCCCUACACGCUAAUUAAAUGAACGUAAUUAAAGGUGGUGUCUUCACUCCUGGUGCAUUAUGGGUCAGUGGAGGCCUGUGUCUAACCUGAGAGAUCGGGUCUCUCGACACCCUCCUGUGGUUGUGUUCUUCCUCAGUCUGCUGAUCAUCUCCAUAACUUUCGUCUGCACUGGACUUUACUCACAGAAUCACGACAUCAAGAACCCUGACAUAAGCGUAGACUGGAACGGGGUUCUGGGUGCUAUUGCUGGUUUUCAGUUCUGCACACAUGUGAACGACACAGAUGCACCGCUGGAGGAAGACUCUCCCCAAAUGGUGGAGCAUGCAGAUACGACAAAUAUUUCCAUGAGCACUUCUCAUGUUUCCUUACUGGUGCCGCUGGUGUUUAUAGGGGACGUCCCAGAUGAUACCGUCAUUAGUGCCACAAUGCUGGGCAGCCAGCUGGGCAUCAAAGGGGCUGCAGCGAAAGCAUCCGUGAACAUUUCUCUGCUCCUCCCUUCUGAUGUUCCCAACAAUCAAACUCCUGCUGGGACGAAGACCAGUCGACCGCUGAGCUGUCUUCACUUCACUGCCCUGACCCACGUUCUCCCUCACACUCCGUCACCUCCAGAAUGCCCAGUUGCGGAGAACGUGGAUAAGAACGCUUCACCUGUCAGGACGGUUGCUGUAGAAUCGAACAAGCACAAUUCCCCAAACUGCUUUGGUCUGGAGUUCAAAUCAGAUCCACACCUGACUGUCCUGCUCACUAAGGAUGAAAAAGCCUUGUGCCGGUAUCAUCUGUUGCUGGUCAGUGUUGCACUGCUGGUUGUCUGCAUCCUCAUGAGCCUCUGUGGAAGUUGCUCUUCACGUUCACGUUCUUACCAGGGGAGCGAUCUUCAAAAGGAAUCACUGCUGAGCCCAUGAGGAACAUCUGCAGAACAUCCACAUUCGAGACUUAACUGGCUGUCAGAACGCAU